AUGGAGCGUAUAAUGCACAAAGAUGCGAUUGGCUACUAUCGGCCGUCAUGCAGCGGUUCGAUGCAUGGCCUCCAUGCCGUUGAAUCUAGAUCGACGGAGCCGUACCAGAUCCUGAGCGACCUUCCGCCACCUUCACGCCUGAACAGGCUCGAACUUGGCGAUAGCUGA